AUGAAGACCACCGCUGGAUUGCUCGCUCUGGCAGCGGCUGCUAAGAUGGCCAACGCCCACGCCACCGUCUUCGCCGUCUGGAUCAACGGCGAGGAUCAGGGCCUGGGUAACACCGACUCUGGCUACAUCCGUUCUCCCCCCAGCAACUCGCCCGUCACCGACGUCACCUCGACCGACAUGACCUGCAACGUCAACGGCGACAAGGCCGCCGCUAAGACCCUCUCCGUCAAGGCCGGCGACAAGGUCACCUUCGAGUGGCACCACGACAGCCGUGACGCCGGCGACGACAUCAUCGCCUCGUCCCACGAGGGUCCCGUCAUGACCUACAUGGCCCCCACCGAGAAGGGCUCCUCCGGCAAGGGCUGGGUCAAGCUCGCCGAGCAGGGCUACGACAAGUCCAGCGACAAGUGGGCCGUCGACGACCUGAUCGCCAACAAGGGCAAGCACUCCGUCACCAUCCCCGACGUCGAGGCCGGCAACUACCUGCUGCGCCCUGAGAUCAUCGCCCUGCACGAGGGUAGCCGCGAGGGCGGUGCUCAGUUCUACAUGGAGUGUGUCCAAGUCAAGGUCACCUCCGACGGCUCCAAGACCCUCCCCGCCGGUGUCUCCAUCCCCGGCGAGUACAAGGCCGACGACAAGGGUAUCCUGUUCGACAUGUACGGCGACUUCGACUCCUACCCCAUCCCCGGCCCCGCCGUCUGGGACGGUGCCUCCUCCGGCUCCUCCGGCUCGGGCUCCUCGUCCGCUGCCGCCGCUCCCUCCACCACCGCCGCUGCUGUCUCGACCUCCGAGGCUGCUGCCCCUGCCACCUCCGAGGCUGCUGCCACCACUGAGGCCGCCGUCUCCUCCGCUGCCCCCGUCGUCACCGCUGCCCCUACUACCCAGGAGGCCGUUGUGACUGCUGCCCCCGCCCCCGUCGAGUCUGAGGCCCCUGCCCCUGCUCCCAGCAGCUUCACCACCUCCGUCCGCGCCGCUACCUCCUCCGCUGCCCCCGUCAGCUCCGGCGUCGCCGGCUCCGGCUCCAACAAGAUCUACCAGCGCUGCGGUGGCAUCAACUUCACCGGCGCCACCGGCUGCGAGAGCGGCCUGGUCUGCAAGAAGUGGAACCCCUACUACCACCAGUGCGUUCAGGCUUAA